AGCCUUGUGUGGCCCGAUCCAAUGCACGAGUUUUCCUUGCAAGUAAUGGAGAUCCCUCUCUAAACCAGGCUUUAAAGCACAUUUCCUCCUGGCUGAGUUUGGAGGCGCUUACACUCGAGUAAACGGGUCUUUUGGUAUUAUAGGGCGCCCCCCCCCGCCGCCACCAAUGGUGGAGGCACUCUGCACGUGCGCAGAGGCCCUCUCGCGGGAUUGCCCCAGGCCUGGCGAGGAGCCCUUUCCCUCUUUCUCUCCCCCCCCCCCCGGCUGUGGCUGCUCGGCUGCGGGCGGGAUGCGGCCUCCUCGUCCCCCGGCGGCGGUGCGGGUGCUGAGCUUAGGCCGCGCGGCCUACAAGGAGUCUCUGGCGGCGCAGGAGCGCUGCGUGAGGCGGCACUUGGAGGCCCCCGCUGAGGCGCCGGAUCGGCUGCUGCUGUGGGAGCCGGCGGGCCCGGUCUACACGGUGGGGCUGCGCGGCCUGGAGGCGUCCGCGUCCGUCGAGGCCGCAGAGGAGGAGCGGCGCCUGCGGGCGCUGGGCGCGGGCUUCGAGCGGGUGCCGCGCGGCGGCCUGGCCACCUUCCACGGCCCGGGCCAGCUGGUGGCCUACCCGGUGCUGGACCUGCGGCGCUUCGGCCUGCCCUUGCGCGGCUACGUGGCCGCCCUGGAGAGCCUGGCCGUGGCCGCCUGCCGCCGCCUCGGCCUCCGCCACGCCCGCGCCCUCCCGCCGCCCUGCACCGGCGUCUGGCUCGGCCCCAGGAAGGUCUGCGCCAUCGGCAUCCACUGUGGAAGGCAUGUAACCUCGCAUGGUUUGGCUCUGAAUUGCUGCACUGACUUGACAUGGUUUGACCACAUUGUUCCUUGUGGGCUGGAAGGAAAGGAGGUGACGUCCCUAAGCAAGGAACUGCAGAGACAUGUCUCCGUUGAAGAAGCUACUGAACCUUUCCUGGCUGCCUUUCAAGAGGUGUUUAAGUGCACUUUGACUGAAGAAUCUCUAACAUAGAAAGGCACCUGCAGUCUCACUCUAGGAGAAUGAUUUGUGCUAGUUUCCAGAUGUUCCUAGGAACACAGAGUGCUUUUCCCAACAGUAGAAACUUAAACAUGAAAAAGCCUCUGCCUUUAUAUUUGAAGUUUGUCGUCUACUGCAGAGUGUUGCCAGUGUGGUGCCUUCAGAUAUUAUUGUACUACAGCUUUCAUCAUUCCUGGCCUUUGGCCAUGCUGGUUGGGGCCGAUAGGGAUUAGAGCCCAGCAACAUCUGGAGUGGCACCUCAUGGGCUACCCCUGUUCUGCUUUGUAAAAGUUGAAUAUUGGUGAUUCCCUUCCCAGUCAACAUUGGGAAUUUUGCCUCUUUGUAAAGAAGGAGUCCAAGGAUUUCCAAUAAAAGAAUCUUCAAUAUUUCCAAUAAACCACAAUACUCAGGAAGCUAGAAUGACGCCCUUGGCUCCUACUGGGAGAAAGGGUGGGAUAUAAAUCACAUAAAUAAAUAAAUUAAUAGAACAAGAUUAAAGUAGUUUAAAGUUUGUGGCAUAAGAGGGCUGAAAGGUCAGUGGUUUCUGUUAAAAGUACAUAAAAUGAGUUCAUGAACUUUUACAUGUGUGUAUGUUACACUUGAACCACACUGUACCUGUGUUUCUUUUUAAGAACAUACAAAGAUCCUGCUGGAUCAGGCCAAUGGCCCAUUUAGUCCAUCAUCCUGUUCUCACAGUGGCUAAUCAGAUGCCCUUGGGAAGCCUGAGGUAUGGAAUUAGGUAGCUCAUGAAGAAUAUUCAGAACUCGUAGAGACUUCCAAGAUUAUAGAGAAACAGCAGCAUGGCUGUAAGAGCACAACAGGGUUAACCGUGAUAACAUGCAGAAGGUUUUUGCGAAAUGUUUAGAACAAAUAUUCAAGAUAAUUUAACAUGGAUUAAGGCACCGUUUAAAUUUUUUCUUUCUUUCUCUCAAUCACUGGUGUUUAAUAUUCUAUCAGGGCAGCUGGAACGUGUUUUUAAUCACCUUUUUGUAGAAAAGUAAAUUUGUUCCAUGCUUUCAUGGCAUUCUUAUGGGUGUCAUUGCAGUUCGGAUCUGCAUUAGCAAUUUUGAUCAGAGGACUAAGAGAUACUUUAGAAUUUCACAUCAGAAUAAAAGGAUUUUCAUAAUAGCUGAGUGAUGCCAAAUGAAGCAUUUGUGUUUGCCUAAACAUGUGAGAUCCAGAUGCUGAAGCCUACCUGAUAAGUAGCCUACCUGACAAAUAGACAUGGAGAAUCAAUGGGCAAAAAAAAUUGUGGGUCUGUCUUGCAGCAGGAAAGGAACUAGAAUUGAUUAUGGACUCUCACUCUGCAGGAAGCAUUUUAUUCUUUUAUCUUUUCCGUUUUUUCAGGAAAACUAAGAAAAAGCCAUGCAUAGACAGUGGAAGGGAGCGGAGGACUUUUUUCUUGUUAUACAUAGGUUGCCUCGUGGGAAAUCAAGGAUUCCCCAGCCUGUGUGGCAGAAGACCACACUGCUACUACUAUUCUGGAAACAGGCAAUUCAUUUGCAUAGUUUGCAUAUGCCAUUUUAGCUUAUCAAAGCAGAUUGCAAGAAAUAAAAAUAUGCUAUCGGUAAAACAUGCUAAAACAUACCGAAUAAAAACCCAACAAUAUUAUAACCAGUAUAAAAUAGAUGGUCUUUUAAAACUAGCAUCUAUUAUAGUGUCCUCCAGAAUAAAAUGUUUUCCAUGCCUGUUUCAAUAUGGGAAGAGAGAAAGUUUGGUGGUUCUUUACAAGGAGAUAGUACCAUGUCUAUGGUGCCACCACUGAGAGACCCAGUCCCUGGAACCUGCCAAUCAUAUCUGCUAGAGAUGAGCUGGUGAGCAGGAAUUAAUGAUGUUGAUCUCAAGACUUGGGCAGGUCAUAUGGAUGAAGGCAGUCUUCUGGAUAGGAUUUGUGCCUUAAAAAUGACUUUCAUGCAGGACAUUUGUAACAGAAAGCAGUCCUAGGGAUUUUGGAGAAGGGUGAAAUUCACCCGGUGUUGGGUUUUUUUAUAUCUAUUCACAAUGAGGUCUCAGAGUGGGUUACAGCAAUUUAAAAAUACAGUAUUAAAAACAGUUAAAAGUCAAGAGAAUAUGCUGUGUCCUAAAAAGGAUAAAGAGGUACUGUAUAUCUUCAGCAUACAAUGAAAUCUUUACAAAGAAGAUGCUGAUGUACCUCUAUGGGGAAAAAUUCAACAGCAUACGUUGAAAUAUGUGGUCUUGCUCACAUACACAGAGGAGGUGAUGAAGAUGUUUCUGGACUGUACCACUUCAGACUUCAGGGGGUGGCUCACAACCGAAUGCUUUUGCAUGAAGAAGAAAAAAGCCCUUGUACAUAUGUUUUGACCUGGCGCCAAAAAGAUAACAGUGUUGGCACCAGGCGCACCUCGUCAGUGUGUGUUUACUACCUCAGUUGCUAUUUGCAUGCCCUAGACCUCUGCCUCUGGGUAUUACCUGAGAAAGUUCCGCACAGCAGUAGGAAAUACACAUCCUCUCUGCAUCCCAGGAAAAUGGCAGCUGAAUAGGAUAUUCUAGAGUUGGAAAAGGUUCAGAAGAGGGCAACCAGAAUGAUCAAGGGGAUGGAGCGACUCCCUUACGAGGAAAGGUUGCAGCAUUUGGGGCUUUUUAGUUUAGAGAAAAGGCGGGUCAGAGGAGACAUGAUAGAAGUGUAUAAAAUUAUGCAUGGCAUUGAGAAAGUGGAUAGAGAAAAGUUCUUCUCCCUCUCUCAUAAUACUAGAACUCGUGGACAUUCAAAGAAGCUGAAUGUUGGAAGAUUCAGGACAGACAAAAGGAAGUCCUUCUUUACUCAGCGCAUAGUUAAACUAUGGAAUUUGCUCCCACAAGAUGCAGUAACGGCCACCAGCUUGGAUGGCUUUAAAAGGAGAUUAGACAAAUUCAUGGAGGACAGGGCUAUCAAUGGCUACUAGCCAUGAUGCCUGUGCUCUGCCACCCUAGUCAGAGGCAGCAUGCUUCUGAAAACCAGUUGCUGGAAGCCUCAGGAGGGGAGAGUGUUCUUGCACUCGGGUCCUGCUUGCGGGCUUCCCCCAGGCACCUGGCUGGCCACUGUGAGAACAGGAUGCUGGACUAGAUGGGCCACUGGCCUGAUCCAGCAGGCUCUUCUUAUGUUCUUAUGUUACAGUGAAAGCUAGGCUAGGACUCUUAACUAGUUUUCUAUGCGGAGGGAUUAUUUUUGUGUGGAAGAACAUUCAGUCAUGCGGUUUCCUCCACCAACAGUGAGAGGUGAUGCAGUCCAGAAAUUUAUUUAUUUAUUUAUUACGUUAUUACAUUUAUAUACCGCCCCAUAGCUGAAGCUCUCUGGGCAGUUUACAGCAAUUAAAAACAAAUAUACACAUUUUAAAAAACAAAAACAAUUUAAAAAACAAUUUAAAAACAUGUUAAAAUGCCUGGGAGAAGAGGAAAGUCUUGACCUGGCGCCAAAAAGAUAACAGUGUUGGCGCCAGGCGCACCUCGUCACUGUGUGUUUACUACCUCAGUUGCUAUUUGCAUGCCCUAGACCUCUGCCUCUGGGUAUUACCUGAGAAAGUUCCGCACAGCAGUAGGAAAUACAGAUCCUCUCUGCAUCCCAGGAAAAUGGCAGCUGAAUUUUAAAUCAUCUCACUGACACAUCUCUGGUUGGAGAGAUCACUAGAUCAGUCAUUCACAGUAUAAAUACAAUAAAACUUGUUGCAAAGAGUUCAACAGUCUUCGCUAGUCCGGUGAUGGUCUGGGCAACAACCCUGGUUACUUGGGUGAAUAAUACUGGAUGGCUUUGUCUGUAGGCUGCAAGACAGUGUUGUAUUAAUAGCCAAUUAUUGUUUUCAUUUAUUACUUGGAGAGAUCUCUAUGGUUUCUCCUGCAUGGGAAGCAAAAAUUAAGGGAAGAUCACUCUGGGCUGCAAAACUGCCAAAAGAGAGACCCUAAUGGAGGCCUGUGGAAGGUCACGGAUACCCUGCUAGCUAAACUGGAGGGCUUGUUUAACUGCUUCAUUGCUUUCAAGAGAGGUAGUGAAGCUGCACAUGCUCAGAAGCCAAAUUACACCAUCUGAAAGCCUGUCUGCUGUUCCUAUGUAUGUGGGAACUAGUUCUUCAUGUGUGAAUGAAGGAUACUCUGUACAUCCUCAGAACUGCUGUUCUUUAUACUUCACAGGUUUCAGCUCUGCAAAAACCUGGCUUCAUGUGAAUGUAAGAGCAUUGCUCUGAAGGGGUAUAUAACUGAGUGAUAAAGAUGUAUGUACAGGUAUGAGAUGGAAGUGAAGAGUUCCAAUGUCAAUAUUUGUUCAUUACCCCUAUUAAAAAGUUUUUCCUUUCA